GGAUGCUUGGUUUUCAUGAGUAAUAAAAGCCUGGCUCACAGGAUAGAAGAUGAAAUUAACGAAGUGACCGAACUUACUUUCUCUCCGAAAUUUUUCAAGGAUAUAUAUUUAACCAGUCCUUCCACUCUGCGUUACUUGUCAUACAUACACAAGCUUGCACUUCUCAGAUUCUGCAUAUUGUCGCAUCUUUCCAGCCGCUAUGUUCCUCUCGUAUCCCAUGCACCUCAGCGCGACAGCGCCUCAGCUUCUUAUUGCGCUUAUUGCUGUUCCAUGCCUAUUGUUCACUGCACUCUAUUUUUACACUACCCCCAAUGUUCUGAAGGAUCGACGAAGGAGACAUCUCCCUCCGGGCCCGAGAGGGCUGCCAUUCAUCGGGAAUCUGUUGGACUUGGCAGAUUCCGAACUUGUUCGAGGGAAAGCCCAGGCAUGGGCACAGCAGUAUGGCGAAAUUUUUUACACCAAGAUCGGUGGCAGUGACUACGUGUGGCUGUCAUCCCCUAAAGUGGUAAAGGACUUGAUGGACAAAAAGUCGGCGAUCUACUCAUCUCGCUCACCUUUACCUUUGGCCCAGGACGUCGCCAGCGCAGGCCGUCGCCAACUUUUUAUGGAGUACGGGCCACGCUGGCGUUUAAUUCGAAAAUCCAGCCAUGCGUUGCUCAACUCGACAACUGCCAUCAAAUACCAGCCUGUUCAAGACUACGAGUCUAAGCAACUAAUGGUCGAGCUGUUGGAUACGCCUGGGCGAUUCUACGAACACAACAGACGUUUCUCAGCCUCGGUCAUAAUGCUCAUCACAUAUGGACAUCGGCUACCUACAUGGGAUGAUCCUCUUCUCAAGAAGAUAUACGCUGUUCUUGAUAACUUGACAGAGAUGACAGCACCAGGUGCCCACGCAGUCGACAGUUUUCCUUCGCUAGCUUACCUUCCUCAAUGGCUACUUGGAAACUGGCGAUCUUUUGGGAAAAAAGUGUUCGAUCAUGACAGUAAAGUCUAUCUCGAACUUUGGGAGAACCUAAAGAGAGAGGUGGAUGCGGGAACGGCGAGGGAUAGCUUCUGUAAAACAUUUUAUCUGAACAAUCCAGAAAAGCAGGGGAUUGACAAUCUACUCGCUGCAUACACUUGUGGUGGCCUUAUUGAGGCUGGCGCAGAGACCACUGGCACUACACUCAACAACUUUAUGCUAGCCAUGAUGAUGUUCCCUGAGGUGGUGAAAAAGGCCCAAGCAGAGAUUGAUGAAAUUGUCGGCUCUGAAAGAUUGCCAGUCUUCGAAGACGAGAAGCUGCUUCCGUAUACUAGAUCCAUUGUUAAGGAGACCCUCCGGUGGCGUGCGGUAAACAAGUUCGGUAUGAUGCAUGCAACGAGUGAGGACGACUGGUAUGAGGGUCACUUCAUUCCUAAGGGCACUGUUGCUGUCCUGAACUGGUGGGCUAUUCACAUGAACCCUGAGAUUCAUCCAAAUCCAGAAGUAUUUAAUCCGGCAAGGUACCUAGAUAAACCUCUGGCAGCGGCAGACUAUAUUAAUACCAACGAUCCAUACGAGCGCGAUCAUUUCACAUACGGCGCUGGACGGCGUGUUUGCCCUGGUGUGCAUGUUGCAGAGCGCUCUCUUUUCAUCAAUAUCGUCCGCACCCUCUGGGGAUUCAACAUUGGCAAGAAGAUGGGGCCAGAUGGCAAAUUUAUUGAGCCUGACAUGGCAAUGAUUCGAGGAUUCUUGAGCGUACCUAAGCCAUUUGAGUGUCAAAUUACGUCGCGAUCAGCCAAGCACGCAGCUGUAAUCAGGUCUUCUUUUGCUGAGGCACAGAAGAAUGGCAUAUAAUUUUACAUCAAAUCACCAAAUAUAUAUUGUAUGUUUAAUAAAACUUUUGCCACUUUUGUUUGCCUCGGUUCUAGUCACUUGGCUUUGACCAGUUACAGCAGCACGUAGGACUCAUAAAAGAACAAUAAGGA